CCGUAGCGCGGCCUGUAAGCGGAGGCGACGAGCUUUGCUUGCGCUCGCGAGAGAGAGAGAGGCGAACUCGAAGGUGCCGGUUUCCGACCAUGGCGUCGUCCUCGGGCAGCGCCAUUCAAAUCCCGACCCGCCUGCCGCUGCUGCUGACGCCCGAAGCCGUGCUGCUGCCGGGCUCCACCAUGCGCGCCAGCGUGGAUUCUCCGCGGAACAUGCAGCUGGUGCGGAGCCGGCUGCUGAAGGGCACGUCGCUCAAGAGCACCAUCCUCGGCGUAAUUCCUGACACGAAGGACCCGCUCAGCGACCUCGACGCCCUCCCGCCGCUCCACAGGAUUGGCACAGCCGCGCUGGCCAUUCAGGUGGUUGGCAGCAACUGGCCGAAGCCUCAUUAUACGUUGCUGUUAACGGGCCUCUGCAGGUUCCAGAUUUUGCAGCUGGUGAAGGAGAAACCUUAUCCCGUUGCAGAUGUUGAACAGCUGGAUCGGCUGGAACAAUUUACCAACAAGUCCGAGGAGGAGCUGGGAGAGCUGCCGGAGCAAUUCUAUAAAUAUGCAGUUCAGCUGGUGGAGAUGUUGGAUAUGUCCAUCCCGGCGGUGGCAAAACUGAGGCGCUUGUUGGACAACCUACCCAGAGAAGCUCUGCCAGAUAUUGUCACCUCAAUCAUCCGUACCAGCAACCAGGAGAAGCUUCAGAUCCUGGAUGCUGUGGGUUUAGAAGAGCGAUUCAAGAUGACCAUACCCUUGCUCGUUAGGCAAAUUGAAGGUUUGAAGCUUCUGCAGAAGACCAGAAAACACAAGCAGGACGACGACAAAAGGAUCAUAGCAAUACGUCCUAUGCGGCGGAUUGGCCACAUUCCAGGUGCUAUGGAAGAUGAGGAUGAGGACGAAGAUCACGAUGAUAUCAUCAUGCUCGAAAAAAAAAUCCGAGCCUCGCGCAUGCCCGAGCAAGCUCUCAAAGUCUGUAUCAAGGAAGUUAAAAGGUUAAAGAAGAUGCCUCAAUCCAUGCCAGAAUAUGCCUUAACCCGGAAUUAUUUGGAACUGAUGGUGGAAUUACCCUGGAGCAAGAGUACCAAAGAUUGCCUGGAUAUCCGUGCCGCCAGAGUUCUUCUGGAUAACGAUCACUAUGCCAUGGAAAAACUGAAGAAGAGGGUGUUGGAAUAUUUGGCGGUCAGGCAACUGAAGAACAAUUUAAAAGGGCCCAUCCUUUGCUUCGUGGGACCCCCUGGAGUUGGGAAAACAAGCGUGGGGCGAUCGGUGGCCAAGACUUUGGGCCGAGAGUUCCACCGCAUCGCAUUGGGUGGAGUGUGCGACCAGUCUGACAUCCGAGGUCACAGGCGCACUUACGUUGGCAGCAUGCCUGGCCGUAUCAUCAAUGGCCUGAAGACUGUUGGAGUCAACAACCCUGUCUUUCUCCUGGACGAGGUGGACAAGCUUGGAAAGAGCUUGCAAGGCGAUCCUGCAGCUGCAUUACUUGAGGUCUUGGAUCCUGAGCAAAACCAUAAUUUCACCGACCAUUACUUAAACGUAGCAUUCGAUCUGUCUCAAGUCCUCUUCAUAGCUACCGCUAAUACCACUGCCACCAUUCCAGCUGCUUUGUUGGACAGAAUGGAGAUCAUUCAGGUUCCAGGAUACACCCAAGAAGAGAAGAUCGAAAUUGCACACCGGCAUUUGAUUCCGAAACAGCUGGAACAGCACGGGCUGACUCCACAACAGAUUCAGAUUCCCCAAGAAGCGACGCUGGUGAUCAUCACCCGGUACACCCGGGAGGCUGGGGUUCGCUCUCUGGAUCGCAAACUCGGAGCCAUUUGCCGGGCAGUGGCUGUCAAAGUGGCUGAAAGCCAGCACAAGGAGACAAGGCCGGAUCGCUCGGAAGGGACAGAAGGAGAUUGGAAAGAACACAUCGCAGAAGAGCCGAAAUCGGAAACCCUCCAUGACGCCUCCGACCUAGCUCUGCCCCCUGAAAUGCCCAUUUUAAUUGACUUCCAUGCCUUGAAGGACAUCCUGGGGCCACCGAUGUAUGAACUGGAGGUCUCCGUGCGGCUGAAUCAACCAGGCGUAGCGAUAGGCUUGGCCUGGACGCCAUUAGGCGGAGAGAUCAUGUUUGUGGAAGCCAGUCGGAUGGAUGGGGAAGGCCAAUUGACCCUAACCGGGCAGUUGGGGGACGUCAUGAAGGAAUCGGCCCACCUCGCCAUCAGCUGGCUGCGGAGCAACGCCAAGAGAUACCAACUGACCAACGCUUCUGGAAGUUUUGAUCUCCUUGACAACACAGACAUCCAUCUGCACUUCCCAGCUGGAGCUGUCACAAAAGAUGGACCAUCUGCGGGCGUUACCAUAGUAACCUGCCUUGCCUCCCUCUUCAGUGGGCGGCUGGUGCGUUCAGAUGUAGCCAUGACUGGGGAAAUUACGCUAAGAGGACUUGUUCUUCCAGUCGGCGGAAUAAAAGAUAAAGUUUUGGCCGUGCACAGAGCUGGUUUGAAGAGCGUCAUCAUCCCUCAAAGGAAUGAAAAGGACCUUGAAGAAAUCCCUGCCAACGUACGGCAGGAUCUCAAUUUUGUGAUGGCCAGCACCUUGGAUGACGUCCUCAAUUCAGCUUUCGAUGGGGGAUUUUCCACAAAGGCCAGGCUCGAUCACUUGAAUAGCAAACUCUAAAAAACAACAACGAGCGGAUGAAGUUGACCGAAAGAACGAACGACAAAGCCGAGAUUUACCUAGUAGCCUGUAAACGCAAGUGCGGGUUAAAGGGGGCAAGAACAGGCUAUCCGACAUUAGUUGCUUAUUUUUACGUUUUAAGAAGAAAAAGGAAUACUUUUAAGGGAACAAUGAUGAUUCUUGCUGCUGCUUCUGAUGGGCCCUACUCUGCAUUCAUGGGCAUAGUAGCUCCGCAGAGAGAGAUCUGAACGCUUAAACUCUUAAUGAUGAUUAUUUCCCAAUGCUAUUAUGAGAUAGAUUUACACCUGGACAGACAGCAUAGCAGUCGCUAAGCACAUGAACCUUCAGGAAAGCUUUUUUCUUCCCCCUGUUAAAUUCAGUCAAUGAACUUUUUUUUUUUUUUUGCUGGAAUGUCAGAGUCCUUGUCAAAUGACUGUUGUUGCCAGGCAGAGCUUUCUCCUUUCCUGUAAAGGAAGAAGCAUUGCAAGCAUAAUCCUGAGACGAGUCCCUCUCUCCAGCUGUAGUGCCAGUGCGGAGAAAAAUAUACUCUUUGAGUCUGAAUGUGCAAAAAACAGACCCGGCCAUUAGACAAGUGGCUCGUGAGGCCACCAGGAAGUAUUAAAUUCUUUGCAAUGAUACCUGAACUGAGUUCUUAGCUCCUGCCCCAGCUGCUGUUUUCUAAACUCCUGAAAAUUAAUAAUGGUGGUGAGCAAAGAAGCCAUUGGUUUCUUUCAGGUAAACGGUGCUGUUUAAUGCUUCGUUGAAAAUUAAAUUUUCUCAACAUCUACCAUAGGGUUCGUUUACUGGAGUUGUACCAUUUUAAGUUCAGGUGCAUUAGGAAGUUCCAAGAGACAACUUCCUUUGUGGAAGUUGGAAGAGAUUCCUUUGUGGGUUCGGCCACACGUCCCACAACAGUGCACUGAGAGCCACAGAACGUUUAGCUCCCGAGACUCUGAGCGUUUUUUAACGUUCUCAGCGCAGAUAACUUUCAACUAUCAACUGUGGUUGAUAAACAGGCAUCCAUGAAGACAAUUCUUCCCCCCCCCCCCCCCGAACUGGCGACUUGUUCUGUGAAUGCAAAAAUGCGACACACAGUAAAAACUCUUCUUUGUAACAGGCAAGCAAAUGCAUUUGUUGAAUCUUAUGAGCAAAUGUGCGCUCUUCCAAUGUGAACGUCGGAUUUUAGACCUAAUUUUAUUUAAUCAUCUUUUUUUUCCCCCAACGAGGAAAUCUAUAUAGCUGCUGAAAGUUGACAUUGGCUCGAUGGCACCUUGUCCUCUUUUUUUUGGAGGGGGAGGGCACACUUUCUGAGGACACCUUGAUCAGCAUAAAAGGUCACUUUUGCAAGAUUUAGAUACAUUUUUAGGAUGCUUUAAUAUAUAUGUGUGGAAAACCUAGCCAAAACCUAGUAGUAUAAAACAGGUUAAUAAAUUACAGUAUGUUAUUACAUGCUAUUAAGUACCAUCUCCAGGGGGGACCAACUCACUGGAUCUCCUCCGCAAAGUACUAAGAUGAACACAACUCGGGCAACAGACACUGUGCAAAGAGUUCUUUGUAAUUAGCUUAAAUCAGAUCUUGUCCCAACACUCUAAAUUACUUCCCAGCUGCAAAUCUAAGUCACCAUUCAUAUAAAGCAAAACAGAAACAGAAAUAGCAAUACAGUUAACUAUAUCAUUAACUGUGUGUCUAUAACCCGAAUGAGCGUGGAAUUGUAUGUAUUCCUCUAACAUGCCCUACAAUCAAUCUGCUUUUAACUGCUGGAUUAUUUUCCCCUGCAUUUUAUUUAUUGCUUUCAGCUGUUCGGACUCCAUGCUUGUCCUGCAAGUCUAUUCUGGUCACAAACAGCCUUCCAAGUGUCAUUACCUCUUCGUAUCAUUUGGGUUACUUGAUCAAUGCUAGAUUCAAGUGGUACCAGUUGGGUCAGUAUGUGUGUGUGUGUGUGUGUGAACCAUUUGGCGCACCCUUUGUUUUGUCAAUAUAUCAACACCUACAGAAAAAUGCGCUGGCUUGCAAAACAAGACAUAUUUAAAGAGGCCAGCUGCUAUUCAUUUUCACCCACUCUCCAAAAUCAAAAUGGUCCAAAAGCUUUGCACCAAAAAAAAAAAAAAAGCAACCCAAGGCAGCUGCCCAGUGUUUUUAAAGGCUUUGAAUGCAAAAGUUUUCAUUUAAAAUGAAUUUGAGGAUUCAUUGAGAACCAGCCAAAGUCCACAGUAUUUAACAUGGAAAUAAAAAAAAAUUCUAGAUUUGAGUGUCUAGGGAGAUUCUCAGUCAUCCAGGUAAGUCAUGGUUGUCCCAAAGGUGCUUUUUUUCAAAAGGCAACUGGAUUUCCUUUGUUUUUCCUUGAGGACGUUUUGCUUCUCAUCCAAGAAGCUUCUUCAGUUCAGUUAUAAGAAGCUUCUUGGAUGAGAAGGGGUCUUCCAGGAAAAGCAAAGAAAAUUCAGUUGCCUCUUGAAAAAGCAACUUUUGAGGCACCCUGGAUAUUUGAGCAAGAUUAGGAUUUAAGAGACAGGCCUAAAUGAAGCAUCUGUUGUAGGAUAACCACGCUAUCAUCUCCAUAUUGCUGUAUAAUCUAUAUGACUAUUAGCUUACGACACUAAACUCUUCUUGACCAUUUUCUACUCCAAUCAAAACAGCUUUCUCCUUUUUUGUGAAAAGCAUGACCUCUAACAAAACGUCGUAGCUUUGAGACUGCUCUGACAUCCUCAAGACCAGUGUUUCCCAACUUUAGCGUGUUUUAAAGAUGUUGUAGACUUUAAUUCCCAGCUGGCUGGAGCAUUCGGUCCUUUUUGCUGGAGUUUUCCUUGAAAAAGAAUUCCAGAAAUCAGGUUUUUGCUAUGCCAGCUGCAUUAUUUCAGGCUGUUUUAAAACAACCCUUAUUUUAGAGGUGGACAGCUUCCUUAUUGAUUGCGUUGUCUUAAAUUUCCUUUUUAUCCACCGUUAAGAGAAGAGACAUCUUAAAUACAACAGGAACUUAUCUCUCAGACAUAUCACUCCCUAUACUCCCUCUCCCCUGCCUUUUCUGAUAUCAUUCUUAAAUUCUACUUCUUUACUGACGUCUGUUUAGAGUAGAUCUUCCUGCUUUAACAGUGGCCUGAUCUACAACAGAUUUCCACCUCCCUUUAAUCCCACAGUGCAAAUCUUGUGGGAAUUUAUAUCCUCCCACUGUCACAGCUAAGGAAUGCGAAUGCAACCUUUUGUCCUCCUACUAGCCAGUCUGGUGACAUCUGAGAAAAUCUGAAAAUACGUCUUGGGCUGUGCUGGAACAGGAAGCUCAGCCACUUAUCUUUCCGUAACAUUUUACUUGUGAAAGGAAGUGACUUGGGAAACAUGUUGAAGGGGAACGCUGGGAGAUUAGGUGCUAUUCUCUCCCCCCCAACUGCACAGUAAUGUUUCCUUGGCAAUAUAGGUCGUCCUCAAUUUACGACCACAAUGGAGCCCAAAAUUUCUGCUACUGAGACAAUUGUUAAAUGAGUUUGGUUAAACCGACCAUUCUUGCCGCAGUUGUUGAGUGAAUCCCAGCAAUUGUUAAAGUUAGUUGUUAACAGUUGUUAAGUGAAUCUGGCUUCCCCAUUGCCAUAAGUAGGAGUCAGUUGCCAAGCAUCCAAAUUUUGAUCACAUGACCAUGGGGAUGCUGCAAUGGUUACGAGUUUUCACGCCAACUAAGAUAAUUGCCCCAAGACAACCAACGUAGGAUAGAAUAGGAAGGAAAAAGAUGUGGAGUAUUGAUAUACUUGAGGCAUGAAGAGGAUGAGCUUGUUGGCUGCAAAGCUGACAGCCUAGGUUCGAGACCCAAGUACUACGCAACAGGGUGAGCUCUCGUUCCUUGCUCCAGGUCUUGCCCAGUUUGAAAACAUGCAAAUGUGAGUAGAUAAAUAGGUACCACUUUGGUGGGAAAGUAACAGCGUUCCAUGCACUUCAGCAUAUAGUCAUAUGAGCCAUGACCACAGAAAUGUGUUUGGAUAACACUGGUUUUAUUGGCUAAGAAGAAGAGGUGAGCAAUGCUCUCUAGAAUCAGAUAUGACCAGACAGAGGCUUUGUUUCAGAUCUCUAGUGGUUGGUUGUACUAGCAUACUAGCUGAACCUAUAGAAACUUCUUUUUACCAAGGGUUACACGUUUGAAGGUAGAUGAUGCAACAAAGGUAAGCAAGUUUUUUAUAGCAAUCUCUGGGAAUUCAGAGUACAUUGAAAAGUACAAUAUAUAUAUGUGUGUGUGUGUGUGUGUGUGUGUGUGUGU